AUGGGGAUGGACGACUUCAAUGCCUCUCAGGUACAUGGAGAAGUGAAACAAGACACCAAUCCUUCGGAGCAGAUUACCAACGAAGCCGUCGUCCGACCCAUGAAGAUCGAUCCCAAGUCUCUUCCUACCGUCGACAAAGAUGUUAUCGCAGAGCACAAGCCAGCGGAUACCGUUAGCGACACCGAGAAGGACGCAACACCGGAGGGCGAGGAACCCACCGAGCGAGAGAAAAGGACAUUAAGACAUGUGGGCGAGAGUCUGCCUUUCUCGACAUUCUUGGUUGCUUUUGUCGAACUCUGCGAGCGCUUCACGUACUAUGGGUGUCAGGGUAUCUUCCAAAAUUACGUACAAAGACCUUUGGAUGGCUCCGAGGGACGAGGAGCUCUGGGAAUGGGCCAUCAGGGAGCCACGGGUCUGACGACCUUCUUCAACUUCUUCUGCUACGUGACUCCAAUACUUGGCGCCAUUGUUGCAGACCAAUACACCGGCAAAUACAAGGCUAUUCUUUACUUCUCCAUCGUCUAUCUUGUCGGCCUCCUUACUCUCUGGACGACAGCAUUGCCGACCUCAUUGCAUAAUGGCGCUGGGCUGGGUGGCUUCAUUGCCGCCAUCAUUGUCAUCGGAAUUGGCACCGGCGGUAUCAAGUCAAACGUGGCGCCUCUCAUUGCUGAUCAGUACAAGAGACGUAAAAUGGCUAUCAUGACCACUCCCAAGGGUGAACGAGUCAUCGUUGAUCCCUCGGUGACCAUUCAGAGAAUCUACAUGAUUUUCUACACCUGCAUCAACGUUGGAGCGCUGUCACUUCUGGCGACACCAUAUAUGGAGCGAGAUAUCGGAUUCUGGUCGGCCUUCCUACUGUGUUUCUGCAUGUUUUGUGCAGGCACUACUAUUCUUAUCUUGGGAAGGAAGAUCUACGUCGUCCGUCCACCACAAGGAUCCAUCAUCACGGACGCGUUCAAAUGUGUUUGGCUGAUGAUCAAGCACCGGGAUCAAGAUGCGCCAAAGCCCUCUUGGUUGGCUGAGCACGGCAUACAGAAGACCGUGCCGUGGAAUGAUCAUUUCAUCGAUGAGUUGAAGAGGGCUCUUGUUGCUUGCCGCGUCUUCAUCAUCUACCCUAUCUACUGGUGUGUUUAUGGGCAAUUCAGCGGCAACUUCGUCACCCAAGCGGGUCAAAUGAAGGGACAUGGUAUUCCGAAUGACCUUAUGCAAAACUUUGAUCCUAUUGCUAUUAUCGUCUUCGUCCCGAUCCUCGAUCGCUUAGUCUAUCCUCUUUUGCGGAAGAUGCGCGUCCCAUUCCCGCCUAUCAAUCGGAUAGUCCUUGGGUUCUGGGUGGCGUCGCUUGCCAUGGCGUAUGCUGCUAUCGUGCAGCAUCUGAUUUACGUUUCCGGUCCGUGUUAUGAUCAACCACUAUGCGACGCCUCGGUCCUCGAUGGAGUUGCGCAAGGUAAUAACAUUCACAUCGCCAUCCAGACUCCAGCGUAUAUGCUUAUCGGUAUUUCGGAGAUCUUCGCAUCAGUCACUGGCCUCGAAUACGCGUAUACUAAGGCACCACCAAGCAUGAAGAGCUUUGUUCAAGCGAUGUAUCUCCUCACGAACGCUUUCGGAUCCGCUCUGGGUGAGGCCUUGACCCCAGUGGCAUACGAUCCUGCUAUUCUGUGGAUGUUUGUUGGCUUAUGCGGUGCAUCAUUCGGCGCGGGCUGUCUCAUCUGGAUCCUGUUCCACCAUCUCAAUGCCCAGGAAGAGGAGAUGAAUGCAUUGGAAUCCGACCUGGAGGAGGAGGGAGGAUAUCGCAAAGGUUCAAAAGUCACUUAUUAA